UAUACAUUGACAGGCUGAGGAGAGUUGAGAUUGCAUGCAGCAGGCACCACCUGAGUAGCAGCAGCAGCAACAUUAGCAUUCUCACACUGAUCAUCCAGGCAGGCGUUCUCUUAUCUGUCCUCGAGGAAGGAGCAUGGCAGCCCAGCCUGUGUAGGACAGACGACAGGGCUGGGGCUGGAGCUGCCGGAGCUGGGGCUGGGGGAGUGAGGCAUGAGAAGCAGGGGAAGAGGAGCAGCAUCCGGCCAACCAGCUCACACUGGGCAGGCAGCCUCAGCGCCGGCAGCCUGAGCAGCUAGAGGAGACUGGAGGGAGACCGGCAGCUACUGAGAUUAUGCACCGGUUCCAGAGCUCAUGUGGACAGCUUAGCAGCAGCAACAGUAGCUGGAGCAUUACAUGUAGCAGAAGCUUUUUUACCUAACUGUAGCAACAGCAGCAGCAAAGGUAGAACUAGCUGUUGCUGCAGCGUUAGGGAUAGCCUUACAAACAAAGGUAUUGACAGUCACACCUAAGGUAUCCCUAACAUAGGUAGCUUUAUUAACAGCAAAGGUAGCCAUAGCUGUAGAGGUCUUUGUAGGGGUAGCAGUCCAGGUAUCUGUAGUCAUAGUAGGGAUACGUAACAGUGGCUUAGGACACUGAAUGACCGGUGUGGCUGAUGAAGGCCACCUGGAUUAGGCUGCUGAAAAGAGCCAAGGGAGGUCGCAACAAGAGCUCCGAUGACUGUGGUUCGGCGGACUCCUACACCAGCCGUCCAUCAGACUCCGAUGUGUCCCUGGAGGAGGACAAGGAGGCCGUGCGACGAGAGGCAGAGCGGCAGGCUCAGGCACAGCUGGAGAAGGCCAAGACUAAACCAGUUGCGUUUGCUGUCCGCACAAAUGUCAACUACUGCGCCACCAACGAUGAUGACGUCCCUGUGCCGGGCAUGGCCAUCUCCUUUGAGGCGAAAGACUUCCUCCAUGUCAAAGAGAAAUUUAGUAAUGACUGGUGGAUAGGGCGCCUGGUGAAGGAAGGCUGUGAAAUCGGUUUCAUCCCCAGUCCUGUGAAGAUUGAGAACACUCGGAUACAACACGAGCAGAGAGCCAAACAGGGCAAGUUCCAUUCCAGUAAAUCAGGAGCAAACUCCUCUACCAGUUUAGGUGAAGUGGUUCCUAACUCGCGGAAAUCCACCCCCCCUUCCUCUGCCGUUGACAUAGAUGCCACAGGCUUAGACCCCGAGGAAAAUGAGCUUCCAGUCCACCUCCGCUCCCCUAAAGCCAGUCAGCCAAACACUGUCAUGUCACCCACCCUAGCCAAAGAGAAACGAAUGCCCUUCUUUAAGAAGACGGAACACAUUCCUCCAUACGACGUUGUGCCUUCCAUGCGACCUGUGGUCCUGGUUGGACCGUCACUGAAGGGCUAUGAGGUGACAGAUAUGAUGCAAAAAGCACUGUUUGACUUUUUGAAACACCGAUUUGAAGGGAGAAUAUCAAUCACUCGUGUCACGGCAGACAUCUCUCUUGCCAAACGCUCCGUCCUCAACAACCCUAGUAAACACGCCAUCAUCGAGCGCUCCAACACACGCUCCAACCUUGUAGCUGAAGUGCAAAGUGAGAUAGAGCGUAUCUUUGAGCUGGCCCGGACCUUGCAGCUGGUGGUUCUGGACGCAGACACCAUCAACCACCCGGCCCAACUGGGAAAGACCUCCCUGGCCCCUAUCAUCGUCUACGUCAAGAUCUCCUCUCCUAAGGUUCUGCAGAGGCUCAUCAAGUCCAGAGGGAAGUCCCAGGCCAAGCACCUCAACGUCCAGAUGGUUGCUGCAGACAAACUGGCCCAGUGCCCUCCCGAGAUGUUUGACAUCAUCCUGGAUGAAAACCAACUGGAGGAUGCGUGUGAGCACAUGGCUGAUUACCUGGAGGCCUACUGGAAGAGCACCCACCCCGCCAGCUGCAACCCCCCCAACCCGCUGCUGGCCAAGGUGGCUAUGGCCGCCCUGCCCUCCAGCCCCGCUCCUGUCUCCAGCAUGCAGGGCAGCGGGACAGAGCAGAAAGAAGGGGACAAGGCAGGACAAGGUGUGGAGAGGAAGGGCUCCAGAGAGGACCAUCACCAUCACCACCACCACAGCCAGCAUCAGAGUCAGGAGCAGCCAGACGGGGAGCUGGAUGAGGGGGAGGAGGAGGAGGGGGAGGAGGAGGAGAGGCCCCUGAGGACAGAGUCUUCCAGGAGACCCCAGCACAUCCACCACCGCUCCUCCUCUCAGCGGACUGAGCAGCACCACAACAACCACCAUCAUCAUCAUCAUACUGGUGCCGGUGGUGGCCGGGGCAAGGGCCUCUCUCGGGGGGAGACACAGGACUCAGAGACCCCCGAGAGUCGGGAGAGCAGAGAAAGCAGAGACUCAGCCUACAUAGAGCCUCGCACUCACCUCCUGCACCAGGAGGACGAGGAAGAGGAAGAAGAGUUUGGAGAGGAGGAGUAUGAGGAGGAGGGGCUGGGAGAUGGGGGGCACCCUCAGCAGGGGCGCUACGAGGCUCAGCCUCACCCAAGGGACCACAACCACCAUCACCACCACCACCAUCACCGCGGUGGCACUGGCGAGGAGGCGGACCAUGGUACAACAGGACACCACCGCUCCAAGGAGCGCAACGAGCAGGACCACAACGAGCGCAACAAGCCGCGCGGUCACCAGCACCACCAACGACCGGCCCGCGACCACCACCACCACCAGUACUAUGACAGAGACAGGGACCGGGACAGGGAGGGGGAGGUGGCCCCCAAAAAGAGGGGCGACACAGGGGACUGGGCCAGAGACCCCUAUAUUCACCAGUGACAGCCCAGACCCUAGACCACAAACCCCCUCACACACUGAGACAGUGGUACUGUAGGACUCACCCCCCUCUUUCCCAAACCAUUCUGUUGUCCCAUCUUGCUGCUACACCCUUAAGCCCCUGCAUCCUCCGUUUAUGUACGCUUCCUUUGUAAAGCCUGUUGCAUCCUUAGCAACGGCAGUAUUUUUAUUAUAUAUAGAUAUAGGUAUAUAAAUAUAUAAAUAUGUGUAUCAAUACAUAGACAUUGUCGUUUAUGUGUGGAUAUGCAUGGAUCUUCUCAAAUAUGCAUAUUUUAAACCUGUGUUUGAUAAAGCAUGACACAACAGCAGAAUUCUCUUCUGUACUGUGCUUUCUGUGACUAGAGUUUUUAAAUUGUAUUUCUAUAUAUAUAUAUUUUUUUCUUACUGCCACUUGAACAAUAAUUUGUUCAUUCAGACUACUGUUAGCGGUGACUGACUGAGAAGUGGGAAACCAGGUAAGGUUAAAUACUAAAUAUGUGCAAUUGUUUUAUUUUAUUUUAAUUAAAAUGUUGCUGUUUUCUUCGUUGCUUUUUUUUUUUUUCAUUGUUAAUGUUCAGUGUUUGGUCCUCUGACGUUGGUUCCUCUGGUGUUGAUGCUGCCUUUCCAUUGGGGCACACCUUAGUCUUGCCUUACAAGACAAAAGAAUAGUGACACGACUUACUGUCUUACAUUACAGUACUGUUGUUCUAUUUAUAAAGGGUUCAGAAACAUUUUAUAACAUUGA